AUGGAGAAAAUGAGAGGACAUGUAUUGGCAGUGCCAUAUCAAACUCAAGGACACAUUACACCAAUCCGCCAAUUCUGCAAACGACUUCACUCCAAAGGUCUCAAAAUCACCCUUACUCUCACCACUUUCAUCUUUAACUCCAUCAAGCCUGACCCAUCUAGUCCAAUCUCCAUAGCCACCAUCUCUGAUGGCUAUGACCAAGGCGGCUUCGAAUCAGCCAGCUCCAUCCACGACUACCUCCAAAACUUCAAAGCAUUUGGCUCCAAAACCAUUGCAGAUAUCAUUAGAAAACACCAGACUAGUGAUAACCCUAUUACUUGUAUUGUCUAUGAUGCUUUCAUGCCUUGGGCACUCGAUGUUGCUCGAGAGUUUGGUUUAGCUGGAGCUCCUUUCUUUACGCAGUCUUGUGCUGUUAACUAUGUUUAUUAUCUUUCUUACAUAAACCAUGGAAACUUGAAGCUUCCUAUUGAAGACUUGCCUUUUCUUGAGCUCCAAGAUUUGCCUUCUUUCUUCUCUGUUUCUGGAUCUUAUCCUGCUUACUUGGAGAUGUUGCUUCAACAGUUUAUAAACUUUGAGAAAGCUGAUUAUGUACUCGUUAAUACAUUCCAAGGGCUGGAAUUUCAUGAGAAGGAGUUAUUGUCGAAAGUUUGUCCUGUGUUGACUAUUGGUCCGACUGUUCCAUCAAUGUACUCAGACCAAAGGAUCAAAUCAGACACCGACUACGAUCUGAAUCUCUUUGAUUUGAAAGGUGAUGCCUUAUGCACUAACUGGCUUGACACUAGGCCACAAGGGUCAGUGGUGUAUGUAGCGUUUGGGAGUUUGGCUCAGCUGAAUUAUGUGCAGAUGGAGGAGCUUGCUUUAGCAGUAAGCAACUUUAGCUUUCUUUGGGUGGUCAGAUCUUCGGAGGAGGCAAAACUUCCAUCAGGGUUUCUUGAGACAGUGGAUAAAGACAAAAGCUUGGUCAUGAAAUGGAGUCCUCAGCUUCAAGUUCUGUCAAACAAAGCCAUCGGUUGUUUCUUGACUCAUUGUGGCUGGAACUCAACUAUGGAGGCAUUGACCUUUGGGGUUCCAAUGGUGGCUAUGCCUCAAUGGACCGAUCAACCGAUGAACGCAAAGUACAUACAAGAUGUGUGGAAGGCUGGAGUUUGUGUGAAGACAGCUAGAGAAAAUGGAAUUGCCAAGAGAGAGGAGAUUGAGUUUAGCAUUAAGGAAGUGAUGGAAGGAGAAAAGAGCAAAGAGAUUAAGAAGAACGCGGAAAAAUGGAGAGACUUGGCUGUCAAGUCACUUAGUGAAGGAGGCUCUACAGAUAUCAAUAUUGACGCAUUUGUAUCAAAGCAAGAGCCUGACAAAUCUAUACAUCUAGCAUUUCCUCUUAAGGCAUAUCCAUUUUGGUUAAAGCAAAAGGCUUUUAAGAGAUCAGAGAGAGAUAUGGAGAAAAUGAGGGGCCAUGUAUUGGCAGUGCCAUAUCCAACUCAAGGACACAUCACACCAAUCCGCCAAUUCUGCAAACGACUUCACUCCAAAGGUCUUAAAACCACUCUCACUCUCACCACUUUCGUCUUCAACUCCAUCAAACCAGACCAGUCUGGUCCAAUCUCCAUAGCCACCAUCUCUGAUGGCUACGACCAAGGCGGCUUCGAAUCAGCUGGCUCCAUCCACGACUACCUCCAAAACCUCAAAACAUUUGGAUCCAAAACCAUUGCAGAUAUCAUUAGAAAACACCAGAGUAGUGAUAACCCUAUUACUUGUAUUGUCUAUGAUGCUUUCAUGCCUUGGGCACUCGAUGUUGCUCGAGAGUUCGGUUUAGCUGCGGCUCCUUUCUUUACACAGUCUUGUGCGGUUAACUACGUUUAUUAUCUUUCCUACAUAAACCAUGGAAACUUGAACCUUCCUAUUGAGGACUUGCCUUUUCUUGAGCUCCACGAUUUGCCUUCUUUCUUCUCUGUUUCUGGAUCUUACCCUGCUUACUUUGAGAUGGUGCUUCAACAGUUUAUAAACUUUGAGAAAGCUGAUUAUGUACUCGUUAAUACAUUCCAAGAGCUGGAACUUCAUGAGAAGGAGUUGUUGUCGAAAGUUUGUCCUGUGUUGACUAUUGGUCCGACUCUUCCAUCAAUGUACUUAGACCAACGGAUCAAAUUAGACACCGAGUAUGAUCUAAAUCUCUUUGAUUCAGAAGAUGCUACUUUUUGCACUAACUGGCUUGACAGUAGGCCACAAGGGUCAGUGGUGUAUGUAGCGUUCGGGAGCAUGGCUCAGCUAAGUAGUGUGCAAAUGGAAGAGCUUGCUUCAGCAGUAAGGAACUUUAGCUUUCUUUGGGUGGUCAGAUCUUCGGAGGAGGCAAAACUCCCAUUAGGGUUUCUUGAGACAUUGUAUAAAGAGAAGAGCUUGGUCUUGAAAUGGAGUCCUCAGCUUCAAGUUCUGUCAAACAAAGCCAUCGGUUGUUUCUUGACUCACUGUGGUUGGAACUCAACUAUGGAGGCAUUGACCUUUGGGGUUCCAAUGGUGGCUAUGCCUCAAUGGACCGAUCAACCGAUGAAUGCAAAGUAUAUACAAGAUGUGUGGAAGGCUGGAGUUUGUGUGAAGACAGAGAAAGAAAGUGGUAUUGCCAAGAGAGAAGAGAUUGAGUUUAGCAUUAAGGAAGUGAUGGAAGGAGAAAAGAGCAAAGAGAUUAAGAAGAACGCGGAAAAAUGGAGAGACUUGGCAGUCAAGUCACUUAGUGAAGGAGGCUCUACAGAUAUCAACAUUGACGCAUUUGUAUCAAAGGUUCAAACCAUAUAA